AUGUCGAAAAGAAAAGGGGCGGCAAAGCUUUUGACUCUAACGAGACCGCGAGUGAGAUUGACUAAAGAGACUCAUUCCACUUAUAGGACAUCGAACUCGAAAGUGAAGCCUCACCGGAAUUGGAACGGUGUUGCGACAUUGUCAGCAAAAGAAUGCGAGUUAGUCUGUCAAAAACCAGUCCACUCGCCUCCGGAAAGGGGCUCUUUCGCUGAAGGAAGCUCUGCAACUGAAGUCGGUUGA